AUGACGACGAGCUCGGGCGUGACGGCGCGCCGCAGGGAGGACGACGACGAACUCAGGCGUGACGGCGCGUCGCAGGCAGGACAAGAGCUCGGGCUCCGCAGCAAAGAUGACGUCCCAACGGAGCAGAGGAUUGCCUGCGGCGCCGCAACAGGAAGGAAGACGCGAGAUCGAGCGCGGCGCCGCCGGACGUCGAGGACGACGGCGGACGUCGACGGAACCCACCCAGAACACACAAGACACAGCCUGCCAUUGUUGCCGAAAACAUGCCAUGAAAAAGGAGUAGAAAAAAGGAAUCGCACUCCUCCAAAAAUACGCAAAAACCCCCCACGCGGCCGCGAGCCGGAGCUCUCCCUCUCCCUCUCCCGGCCGCUCCCUCUCCUUCUUCCUUUCCGGCCUCCGCCACACUUCCCGCACCUUCCCACCUCCGCUUUGACCGCCUCCCCCAUAUCUCCCUCCUCCUCCGCCCCUCCCUCCCUCCCCGCAACCCACGCCCGCACACCCAUCUCAAUGUGGCGCUUCUCCCGCUCCGCCCUCCGCGCCGCCGCCGCCGCGGCCCCGGCCUCCGCGCCGCGGGCCGCCAUCGCGUGCCGCCUGCCCCCGCCGUGCGCCGCCCUCCAGCGGCUCCGCUUCGCGUCGCUGCCGGCGGCGGACGUGGCGAGGGACGCGGAGUCCGAGGUGACGGCGGAGGAGGCCAGGCGGCUCAUGCGGCUCGCCAACGUCGAGGCCCUCAAGCGCCGCCUCGGGGACGGCGAGGUCAUCCCGUACGCCGACCUGCUGCGCGCCUGCGAGGAGGCCGGCGCCGCGCGCACCCGCGCCGAGGCCACCGCGCUCGCCGGCGCGCUCGACCACGCCGGCGUCGUCCUCCUCUUCCGCGACAAGGUCUACCUCCAGCCCGACAAGAUUGUGGAUCUGGUAAGAAAAGCUAUGCCCCUUGCACUGGCACCUGAGGAUGAUCCCAGAAAGGAAGAGCUGAAGCAGCUGCAGACACAGUUGGAAGAUAUCAACAAGCUCGCACACAAGCAAGUCCGCCGCAUCCUCUGGUCUGGGCUAGGGUUCUUGAUCACACAGAUGGGGCUCUUCUUCAGGCUCACCUUCUGGGAGUUCUCGUGGGACGUCAUGGAGCCCAUCACAUUCUUCACAACUACAACAGGCCUGGUCGUCGGUUACGCCUACUUCCUCAUCACCUCGAGGGAUCCAACAUACCGAGACUUCAUGGAGAGGCUGUUCCAGUCGCGGCAGAGGAAGCUGAUUCAGAGGAAGAACUUCAAUCUGGACAGGUACCUGGAGCUCCAGCGGUGCUGCAAGGAUCCUUUGGAGAAGAUGUGCGGCACAAGCCACUUCUCCAACGCCGACAUCGCUCAUCUCCACGAGCUGUCACCCGUUCACAAAUGACAGCUCCCCUUCGCUCUAAACACUAAUCUACAGUGCUCAUUGGUUCUCUUGGGGGUAAUGAUCAAGGAAGUGGUGACUAAGGUGAUGUUUUUUGUUUUGUUUGCAAUUGCGAGGUAGACCUUUGGCA